GGGCCUAUGUUGUCAUGCUGUCAUUAUCAAAAUUGGAAACAUGUCAACGAUUAAAAUGAAAGCAGUCAAGUGUCCAACUGAGGAUCUUAGCUAUACUAAUUGUGCAAUUAUCAACAAUAAUGAUUUUCCAGAUGAUGUCAAACACGUUGAAGUAAUAACAGGACCAAAUCAACAUUUUGUAUUCUCUGUAAGAAAUCAUCAUGAAAUAUCACGGGGAACAGUUGGAUUUAGUCUUCUUCAACGUAAAUGGGCGACAUUGUCCCUUAAUCAAGAGAUAGAAGUUCGUGCGUUCACUGAUUUUUCAAAAAGUGCCGCAUGUGUCUGCAAUAUGGUUCUAGAAGUUGAUUUUUUAUUGAAAAAAACAGCUUCACUUGAGCCAUACGAUACCGAUUUAAUGGCAAAAGAUUUUCUACUUCAAUUCUCAGGUUGUGCAUUCACUGUUGGACAAUUAUUGCCAUUUAAAUUUCUCGAUAAAAAAGUCCUUAGCGUUGUAGUGAAAUCAAUAGAGGCUGUUGAUUUAUUGACAGUUGGUGCAGGACAAAAUGUAAAACCAAUAAAAAUUAAACUUGGUCGUUGUUUAGGCGAUACUGUAAUACAAUUUGAAAAAACAAUGAAUUCAACGUUAAAUCUUGUUGGUAAAUCAAUGGGAAAAAUGGCACGUCAAUCGAUAAUAAAUCCCGAUUGGAAUUUUGAAGAUAUGGGAAUUGGUGGAUUAGAUAAAGAAUUUACGGAUAUUUUUAGACGUGCUUUUGCAUCAAGACUUUUAUCGGUGGAUGUUGUUUCGAAAUUAAAUUUUAAACAUGUCAAAGGAAUUUUACUUUAUGGUCCACCAGGUACGGGUAAAACAUUAAUGGCUCGGCAAAUUGGUAAAAUGCUCAAUGCAAAGGAGCCAAAAAUUGUUAAUGGACCACAAAUUUUGGAUAAAUAUGUCGGUGAAAGUGAAGCAAAUAUUCGACGAUUAUUCGCUGAUGCUGAGGAAGAGGAGAGAAAAUUGGGACCAAAUAGUGGGUUACAUAUUAUUAUUUUCGAUGAGAUUGACGCAAUUUGUAAAUCGAGAGGUAGCGUCAGUGGGAAUACGGGAGUUCACGACACAGUUGUAAAUCAAUUGCUUUCAAAAAUUGACGGCGUUGAGCAAUUAAAUAAUAUACUCGUGAUUGGCAUGACCAAUAGACGUGACAUGAUUGAUGAGGCUUUACUUCGACCAGGAAGAUUGGAAAUACAAUUAGAAAUCAAUUUACCUGAUGAAAAUGGAAGAUUUCAAAUUUUGAAUAUUCACACGGCUAAAAUGCGAGUUCACAAUAAAUUAGCGAAUGACGUUGAUUUAAAAGAAUUGGCUGGUUUAACGAAAAAUUUCAGUGGCGCUGAAAUUGAAGGUUUAGUGAGAGCAGCACAAAGUACGGCUAUGAAUAAAUUGGUUAAGGUGACAAAUAAAGUUGAGGUGGAUCCAGAGGCGAUGGAAAAUUUUAAUGUUAAUAGAGGAGAUUUUAUUUAUUCUCUUGAGAAUGAUAUUAAACCGGCUUUUGGAACAAAUGAUGAUGAUUUGGGUCGAUUAAUGUUAAAAGGAAUUAUCACUUGGGGUAAACCAAUCGCCGAUAUUCUUAGUGAGGCUCUUUUUUGUAAAGAACAAUUACUUGCAACUGAAGGACCGGCUCUUGUUUCAAUUCUUCUCGAGGGUCCGAGAAAAAGUGGCAAAACUGCAUUGGCAGCACAAAUAGCGAAGAAUACAAAUUUUCCUUUUAUCAAAAUUUGCACAUCCGAGGAUAUGAUCGGUUUUUCAGAACCCGCGAAAUGUUCAGCGGUAGAAAAGAUAUUUACCGCAGCUUAUCGUUCUCAACUCAGUUGUGUAUUAGUUGAUAAUAUUGAACGUUUUCUCGAUUAUGGACCAAUUGGUCCAAAAUAUUCUAAUUUAAUGCUACAAACUUUAUCGCUAUUGUUAAAUAAAAAGCCACCACGUGAUCGUAAAUUAUUAAUUAUUGGCACCACUAGUCGAAAACAAAUUUUGCAAGAUCUUGAAAUUCUCUCCGAUUUCAAGACAAUUCUUCAUGUACCUAAUUUACAAACAGCAAAUGAUAUUCUCUCGGUACUUGAAGAGGUAGAUUUAUUUUCAAAAGAUGAACUUGUCAAUCUUCAUGGAAAAUUACAGGGCAGAAGCAUUUAUAUUGGAGUUGAAACAUUAUUAGAUUUAAUAGAUCGAGCUAGACCAGUGGAGGCGAAUUAUCGAAUGUCAAAAUUUAUUUCUAAAUUAGAACAAGAAGGUUAUCUUGAAUGAAGAAAUAAAUAUUUCUAUUUUUCAUUUUUUUUUUUAUAAAGGGAAAAAUAACAUUAAAUGUGCAAUUAAUGUAAAUAUUUAUAAUAUAUAUAUAUAUAAUAAGUGUGUGUAAUUGUGCGUGGAUUAAAAAUGAAAUUUUGUACGUUGCAUGGAUGAAAAUUGAAAAUUGUAUUUUAUAUAAAUUCCAUGUGAUUGACUCUAAACUAACCUACCUCUAAGAAAUGGAAUGUAAUUAUGAACAAAUUUUUGUAAUAAAUUUAAUUAAUAUAUAUUAUA